AUGUUGGUCCCUUUCCGUUUGUUCUCUUUUGGGGGGAAGCACUUAUUUCGGCAAGUGUUUCCUUCCCACUUGAGGCGAUGUUAUGCCACAGCUGCCCCCAAACCUUUUUAUUACCAGGACAUCAUAAAAUUUGAGAAGGAACCAGAAAUUCCUUGGAAGAAGCUAACAUCUGACUUUAUAUCAACGUUUGAUGUUAAGGGGAACAAAAUCUUGCAAGUGCAGUCGGAGGGCCUGAGCCUUUUGGCUGAAAAGGCCAUCAUUGAUAUUGAACAUUUACUUCGGCCUGGACACUUACAGCAACUUUCCAACAUUCUCAAAGAUCCAGAAGCCUCAAAGAAUGAUAGAUUUGUCGCUAUGGAAUUAUUAAAGAACGCCAACAUUGCUGCUAAUAUGGUAUUACCUGGUUGCCAAGAUACUGGAACUGCCAUUUGCAUGGGAAAGAAAGGCCAGUACGUAUGGACGGAAGGUCAAGACGAAGAAUCUUUAUCUUUGGGAAUAUAUAAUGCUUACACCAGAAAUAAUCUACGAUAUUCUCAAGUGGCGCCAUUAGACAUGUACAAAGAAGCAAACACGGGAACCAACCUUCCUGCUCAGAUUGAGAUUUAUUCCACAAAAUCAAACUAUUAUGAUUUUUUGUUCUUGGCCAAAGGUGGAGGUUCCGCAAACAAAACCUUUCUGUUUCAGCAGACAAAAGCUAUCCUCAAUCCGGACAAACUUUUAAGUUUUAUUAACGAAAAAAUUAAGACCCUUGGAACAGCUGCUUGUCCACCAUAUCAUCUGGCUAUUGUGGUGGGUGGCACCUCUGCCGAAUAUAACUUGAAGACAGUGAAAUUAGCUUCUUGCAGAUACCUAGAUAUGUUACCCACAACAGGUAAUGAGCAUGGUCGUGGCUUUCGUGAUGUGGAUUUAGAGAAAGAGAUACACAAGCUGACUCAGAAUAUGGGCAUCGGGGCUCAGUUUGGUGGCAAAUAUUUUUGUCAUGAUGUUAGAGUAAUUCGGUUACCCAGACAUGGAGCUUCUUGCCCCGUCGGAAUUGGUGUGUCUUGCUCAGCAGACAGACAGAUUCAUGGUAGAAUAACAGAAGAAGGAAUCUUUCUGGAGCAGUUAGAAACAAAUCCUCAUAAAUAUUUGCCAGAAAUCACUCCAGAAGAGCUUGGUGGUGAUGUUGUUCAAAUUGAUUUGAAUCAACCAAUGAAUGAGAUUCUUAAGCUGUUGGACAAGUAUCCAAUCAGAACUCGGCUUUCCUUGUCAGGGACUCUGAUCGUAGCUCGUGACAUUGCCCAUGCAAAACUGAAAGAAAGAUUAGACAGUGGAGCUGGGCUUCCACAGUAUAUAAAGGACCAUCCUGUUUAUUAUGCAGGGCCAGCCAAAACCCCUAAAGGUUAUGCAAGUGGAUCUUUUGGUCCAACAACAGCUGGCCGAAUGGAUUCUUAUGUCGACCAAUUCCAGGAAGCUGGAGGCAGCAUGAUUAUGUUGGCAAAAGGUAACAGAAGCCGACAGGUUACGAAAUCAUGUAAAAAACAUGGCGGAUUUUACCUUGGUUCAAUUGGAGGACCGGCAGCCAUUUUAGCUGAGAACUGCAUCAAAAAAGUUGAAGUGAAAGAAUACCCUGAACUUGGCAUGGAGGCAAUAUGGCAGGUAUCUGUUGAGAACUUUCCAGCUUUUAUUGUUGUCGAUAACAAAGGCAAUGAUUUUUUCAAAGAAUGGCAGGUUGAAUAA